AUGCCUAAUUCUAAUACUUCGAACACCUCCUCCCCCGUCAAGCGCCCCGGUCUCGGUCGACGUGCUGUGUCCUCCCAUGCGGUGGUCACGCGCGCUGCCAAUCCUAACGACCUGUCGCAGUCUCACACGCAGAAGGCACCCGUGCAUCACAAGCCUCACCGCGCCCAUGUCGUUGGCGGUCACCGCAAUCAUCACCGCAACCCCUCAACUGGCAAAACCUUCAAUAAAUUCCAGCGAUCACAACUAGGUCUCGAGACCGCUGGGCGGCAUCAUCAGCGCAAGAAGUCAGCCCCCGCAACGCCAGUGGCCAGCCCCAAGGACAGCACCCGCAUCCACUGGGAUAACGCCGUGCAUGACCGUCGAACCGACCUUUCCAUGAAAAGAAACAAUUCCACUCCUGCGUUGCAUCGGAAUCCAUACGCACUCGGGAAAAAGGCGUUGGUGACCGACCGACCGGCCACCAGCGCUGCAAAGAAGAAGACGGUCGGCUUUGAGCUGGCUGAUGAUGAAACGGACGAAGCUGAAUGGGAAGAUACAACACAGUCGCCCGAAAGUACGAGACGCAACUCUGUGGCACCACUAAAUCCUAGCGCGGACAACGGCACCGUCCUUGUCGACCACCUUACCUUUGUGAAGCGGCCCUAUCCACAAGCGCCUCGAGCGACCAGUCUUCCCGAGUCGAUUACCAACAAGUUUGCCCGAGAGCGUAGUGAACUAGACGAGGACGAGGACGAGGAGGAUGAACAACACGACUCGGAAGUUGAGACCGACAAGUCGACACAGCACACGGAACACGGAGACAUCGCAACCCGCCUCCUAAGCCCUUCGCAUUCGACUAAAGCACCCCCCGCCAUGUCUUCGAUUUCGGCCAUGGUGAAGCCAGAAGCCAAGAAUCUCAACCCUGCAUCGCGUAGUAGCGCAUCUCUCAACUUAGCUGCUGGCCAGGACAACGCCCGGCGUACAUUCUCCACAACUAGCAUGGCAAGCAUGCCGGGUUCUCACCCCCAAGCCGCCUCAUCCUCUAUGGAAGGUGGUGUCUCGAGGUUCAUUAUGAAUAAGAACGGCAUGCAGGCAUCCUCUCGCACCGAUUCAGACUCGAAUACCCCAUCUUCGUUCCUUCCCCAUUACCACCCGCAAACACCACCAUCCCCUCAUACUGCGGCUACUCAGCCGACCUCAUCUCCUGCACGGCCGCGAGGGGCCGAACUACCUUCUCGCACGCAACAGAAACUCUGGCUUCAGCGCACCGCCACUCUCAAUAACUCUCCUCCCGAUACUCAUGGAGUGGCUGCAACAGUUCCGCCGUCUGGAGUUGAUGCAAAUUUUAGCGGCGCUAGCCACGCACGCCCCGGUGCUGGCACUUAUGAUGCCAACAGGGUGAACGGCGAGGGUCGAGCUGGCGGUGCAGGGCACGACAGCGAAACCCGUCAUAUUCGCAAGGCAUACGAGAGGACAUCUUUGGAAUUGAUGGUCGUGAGACGUUUCCAGUCUCCUACUGGCCAGAGCUUUGCUCGUCUUCGUCACCUCGCCCAGGUCAACAAAGCGGUACCUGGACCAGUUCUCGGUAAAGCAGUCAAAUCAGCACCUCACUUGCCCCUUCUUCAGCAAGACAAACGACCCAAUCGUCUCAGCUCCAACCCUGCAUCUAGUUCCCAAUUGGGUAAUACGAUCUCCACCGGAGAUACAGCCACGAACAGCGAUCCUACCAGUGCCCCACAGGAUGCCAAGUCUAAUGACCCGUCUCAUCGCAUUCUCUCCACCUCAGCCGAAGGCAUGGGCGAUUCGGGUGAAAACACCCAGGGAUUCCAGAUGAGUGACAGCGAUAUGCUGAUCCGCCGGAUGUGGGAGAGCCGAGAGGUCGCCAUCCACGGUUAA